AUGGUAGAGGACAGCUCGAACUUUAGAAGGCCAAAUGAAACCUCAAGUGAAGCUUCAAGCUCAGGUAAUUGUUUCAUCUGUUUUUCAAGUGCCUCAUGCAGCUAUGGUAGAACACAGCUCGUAGUUUUAACAGUUUGUCAGCCAUUUUAACAGUUUGUCAGCCAUAAUAAUAAUAAUAAAUAUAUUUUGCUCUUUUUGAAAAUUACAAAUAUCAACAAUUAAUUCUUAAAUAAUAGGUAGAAUAAUAAAUAUGAUUAGUUGACACACUGUUUAAUAAAUAUUGGGCCUGGUAACUAAAUUAACCGUGAGGUUUUCUGGUUAGUUACCAGCCUAUUGAUUUUAAAAUUUAAUUAGAGAUGAAAGAUAAUUUGUUUAACAGAGCCAAAUAAAAAGAGAUUAAAGCGCAUAUUAAUUAAUAUUGUUUUAAUUUGUCUCAAAUUGUUUUUUUAAUAAAUAUUUAAAAAAAAUCUCAGCUUCUCAAAACAAAGUUUUAUUAAUGGUGAAAUUUAAUUGUAAUAAAUUGCACGCUAAACAUUCAAACACAACAUAAAUUUAAGUAUGCUCACCAACAAAUUUUGUUUUUGAAACUUCUUUUCAAUGAUAAACUCAUUUACUCAACUAGGGCCAUUAAACGAAAAAUCAUGACAAAUCAAACUCUGAAUGUAGUUCGCUUAAAUGCAGUUGAUUUGAUGAAUGAAUACUUAAUAGGUCGUUUUAGCUAAUUUUCAAAACUUGGGAAAGUGCUUACCUAAGUUUAAAAGCUGAUAUGUUGGUAAAUAUUCGAUGAAAUCGUGUGCAUGACCUAUGAAAAUUUAAGUUAGUCACUUCUGAAUACGAUAAAUGUUAUUUGAGCGAAAUAGCUGUUCUAGUUUUUCCAUUAUAUAGAAUCAAACACGGCGCCACCCGGUAUGGUUUUGAUAAAUGAAUGCAAAGCCCAGUUGAACUGCAUUCGCGACUCAACGUUUCGACACUCCAGUCUAAUGUCUUCAAUCUUGACAAUGAGUGCUGUUUUGUUUUCUGUGUUGGUUUUAUUAACUGAUACACGGUUUUAUAUCAUACCUCAUUUGUUAAUAAUUUUGAUCACUGUACAUUUUUGUGCAAAGUUUAGCCGAGCAGAAGCACGCCCUGAAAAUUUCUGAACACACCCUUAUAAUAAUGUGUAACCACAAAACAGGCUACCAUUGAUAUCCAAAAAUGCCAAAACCAAUAUACACUGAACAGCACCCAGGGAAAUUGGGGUGCCCAGGACAAAAUUUGACUUUGGCCCCCUGGUGAUUCCAUCUUCUAACACUAUGAGUAGGAGGGUCCAGAGACAUUGUCUCGGAAAUGUUUGAAAUCUGAGGUCCCAGAAAUGGUCAAAUCCUGCAUUCUGGAAGUCUGUUGACAGUUAAUUUUUGUUUUUUUAUCCCCCCCCCCCUUUUAAUUGGGACGCAGGGCAAAUUGCCCCCUCCACCCCUCUGGGCGCCCUUGACAGCACCUGCAGUUACGACUAUCUAUGACAUCAUAGUUUCAUAAUCACUGCUUGCAGGAAAGAAAUAUUUUCGUUUUGGCGAAUGUAAGGCGGCUUAGGCGUGACAUGCACCCACAUAAAAUGUUGUAAUCUACAAUCGUGCACAAAAUAUAUUGAAACUUUUUAAAUCACUCCCCUCCCCCCUUGUUUCCAUGUUGAAAGCCUACUGUACUUAUCCAAAACGAACAUAAGAUGACACUAGCACCGCAACCGUGUCAAUGGCAGUUGAAAUUUAACACAUGAUGUUGGAAUAAACUAUACUGUACCGCCUAACAACAUUGAAAUCGGGGGAGGGGGUUUGUCUCAAAUAUUUUGUGGACGAUUGUCUGAAAACUGGGUGAAAUCGAGCGCAGGUUUUGGUAAUUUAUUCCAUAAUAUUUUCUUUGCCAGCGCUUAUGUUAAUCGACAAACAUUUCAAUAGUGUAUACGAAUAAAAUUUGCAUAACAUAUUAGGACUACAUAAAAUACAUGCCCAUAUACGUGUAUUAUAUUAUGCGAUAGUUUGUCCAAGUUAAGUUAAAAUCCAUACCUUACUGACAUCUAACGUUCUUUCGCAAGCUUGCGUUCGAUUCGAAAAAAAUAUAUCGAUAAUGAAAUGGUUGCUUUAUUAACAAAAUACCAUAAUGAAUAAAAUUACGUGGUGGUAACGUGUAUGGUUAUCCGAGAUAAAGCGUGGAAAUGCGUUGUUUCAAUAAUAGAAAACAACUGCGAAUUGAAAUAUUUACAUAAUACAUCUGUAGUAAUCUUCAGCCGGUCUUCCACUAGGCGAAUUUGUUCUUGCGAAGCCUUUUUCACGCUCGCUUUAUCCGCCGAAGGCUUGCGAAGCUUUUUUCAAUUUUCACGCUCGGUUUAUCCGCCAUUUAUGGCAUUGUCUCUUCCAAGUCUGCGAGUGCACGCACUGCAAAAUGCCACAUUUUAUCACUGCAGUUGUUUGUAUAAUGAUGAAUUUACAGUUACAACUUUGAAAAGUGACUUUUCACAUUGUUUAAGGAGAAUCAAAAAAAGUUAAAAUUUUUCAACUUCAAAAUUUUUUCCGCGCAAUGACAUAUUUACAAAAUGUUCUUUCUGUGGAAAAUUUUCCAUAACCGUUUAUCUCUUCUCUUUUCAGGCUCUGGAAAUAACUUUGACAGGAACGCGGCGGCUGCAGGAUUUAACGCCGUACCGGGUGCCGGUGCUUGUAACAGCGGGGGUAGUGGCGAGGCGACCAACAGCUUCGGUAAUAUCGGUUCGGCGGCAGCGAGUACUGGCUACGGUGGGGGAUAUGGUGGAACCCACGAGGCGAACGCCAUGGGUAACUCUGGCUUCUUUGGGAUUUCAGGAGCUGGAGCAAGAGGUGGAGAAUUUAUCAAUCAGGCCGGGGGGAUGGGGGACCAAGCCGUCAAUGCUGGCAGGAUUGGUCGAAUUCAGUAUUUCAACUGCAAUUUCCGAGGAGGGGGUAAUCAGUGACAGGGUUCGAAUUAACAGUGGAGCUAUUAUUCCAGGAUGCAUUCGCCGUUAAGGGAUGUGAUGGUCCAUUCUUGGAAGGCGGUGACUCAGGUUCUCUCGUUUUCUUUCAUGACAAGAAUAACCAGAAACAGGUGUUUGCCUAUGGGGUUUGCGAAGUGGAUGAGCUUCUCUUACCAGAACAGCACGAGUCAGCGAGUUCUUGCAGUUUUGAUGAAGACGAGUCUGAGUCUGAACAGGAAAUCGAGGAUGAGAAUGAAACUACAUCUGAGAGUUCUGAGGCUGAAU